UUGAUUCGCGAUAAAGGCAAAGCCCAAUCACUUUCGCUGCGCUACAAAAAUUACAUUUUUUAGCUACAAUGGCAGAAGGUGUCAAACCCGAAGAAUUGUUUGGAACCGCAGACGAUGUGGACUUUCUUUAUGAAACCAUGUACAAGCGUGACCCGAAGAAGCGUCGUGUCAAACCAGUCGAGCGUCAUCUUAUUCAGCUUGACUUUGGACUGAGCGAUAGCGAGAAUGACAGUGACUUUGAGAUAACUGAACAUGAUGACCCAGACUCUGGAGGUUCUGCUGCUGAGAUGGAUGAAGGUGGUGAGGGGAGCAGUGGGGACGACGCUGGCUACGAUGACGAUGACGACAGCGACGGUGACACUAAUCGAAAUGACUCAGCCGAGGAGAUGUCAGACUCGAGCUUGGAGAAGAAAACAAGCAUCAGGGAGUUAAUCUCCAAAGCUAGGGUCCACAGUAAAGGGACGGAAAAGACUGGUUCCGGUGAGAAGCCAUCGUCAAAGCUGAAGAUGCUCAUAUGUGCUGUAUGCUUAGGAGAAGUGAGCAUUGAUAGUGACGAAAUAGUGGAGUGUGAUAACUGUGGUAUAGGGGUCCACGAAGGUUGUUACGGUGAGAUUCUAUCCGACAGUGAUUCAACCAGCAGUGUACAAACUGCUAGCUCUACAGAACCCUGGUUCUGUGAUACGUGCAAAGCAGGUGUUAAUAACCCGACCUGUGAGUUAUGCCCCAACUCUGGAGGAAUCUUCAAGGAGACCGAUGCUGGAAGGUGGGUCCAUGUGGUUUGCGCCCUCUAUGUUCCUGGCGUUGCUUUCACCGAUGUUGAGAAACUACGCUGGGUGACGCUGUCAGAGAUGCCUACUGGGAAAUGGGGAGUCAGGACUUGUGUUUAUUGUGAGGAUGAAAGAUUCAGCCGGACUGGGAUCUGUAUUUCAUGCGACGCUGGGAUGUGUAGAAACUAUUUCCACGUCACCUGUGGGCAACGAGAGGGACUCCUGUCCGAGGCUUCCCCUGAAGAGGACAUCGCAGAUCCCUUUUACGCUUACUGUAAACUCCACGUUGACAAGAUCAGCAUGCGCUACCGACGGCAGAACUACCUAGCCAUCCAAUCACAGCUCAAGGGCUUCGAGGAGCGCAAACCUGACGAUCCGAUUGGUCAGGAACGUAUCGGCACCAAACUGAAACGCUGGCAGGAGAAGUACAGAGAGUCAAAAUUUAAGAAGCCGAACCCUUGGGUGCCGACGGAAAAGGUUCCUCGUCUCCUGACCACAAGCCCCUCAGCCACUCGUCAUCUUAUGAAGAAAGCUGAACUUCUCGGCAUCAACACUGAGUCUCCUCACCAAGCUGUAGUCAAGGAAGCUAGCGAUGUCCGCAGGAAGUGGCACAUUGGCCCCGCCUUCACUACGGAAUUUGUUGGGUACUAUCUUGAUCGUGACGUUCGGAUGAACAACUUGAAGAAUCGUCUGGGUGAAUCGAUGCGAUCUAAUGAGAGAUUAGAAGCUGAGCAACAAUCACUGAGAUGUGUGUAUGAUAAGCUUUCCUCCGAGGUUGAAUCCCUGCGUAUUAGUACGACCAAACAGCGGAUGGAAGGUCAGUCUCUGUGGAAGAUGCUGAUUGGCUUCGGUCUCAAGAAACAAGCGAUGCCGGAAACCCUGAAGAGUCCACGCUCCAAGAAACUGCCGACGAAGAAGGAGGGACCCAAAUCACCAGCAGUCAUUCAUUAUUGUGGUAUAUGUGAACAGUCGACCAAUCAGCAUCAGCUAGCAUUAUGUGACACUUGUAAGAAACAUUAUCAUCUGGGAUGCCUGGACCCCCCACUGAGCCGAAUGCCUAAGAAGACUGCAUUUAGCGGCUGGCAAUGUUCAGAGUGCGUCGGUUCCUCCAGUGAUACUUCCGUGGCUGAAACCAUCGAGGGAGAGGAACGUGACGAGGCCGGAAGACGCAAACGUCGAGUCAUCCGAGAACCCAAUAAGUUCACCCCACCCACAGCUCAGAAGAAGAUUGGUAAAGUUAAACCAAAGCCCAAGAGGAGCCUGAAGCGCAAACUGAAAGUACCAGAGGAGGAGCCCGAGGAGGAAGAACCUGUUAUUGUUGAGCCUGAGCCACCCAAAGCAAAGAAGGAGAAAGCUAACCAACGCAAGGUUCCCUCGAAGGAUACUAAAGAAAUGUGUAUUACAUGCAACAGAGAUGGCGAUAGUACAAACCUCGUCAGGUGUGAUCACUGCAAGAAAAAUUACCAUUUUGGCUGUCUGGACCCGCCAAGUAAGAAAUGUCCCAGGAGGUUUGGGUACAUGUGGUACUGCCCUGACUGCGAUAAUGGCUCAUCAACCGAUGAAGACACUGAAGAUGAGAAUCCGGAUGUUGAUGACAUUGACGAACCAGUAACCCCUAGCAACAGACAAUCCAAGGGGAAAACAGCAAAGGACAAGACUAAACCAUCAUCUCGGAAGAGCCCAGCAGGCUCCAAAAGUAGCCCAAAUGUGAACAAGGCAGACCCAAGUGAGAGUAAAGCAGAUCAACUCAAGAAGGCCAACCGCCGAAAUGGGAAAAGGUCAAGCCCAACUGGGAAGAAAGCUUCUCCAGUGAGGAAGGGCAUCGAAAAAAAAACCUGGAGCUCCAGAGGGAGUAAAGGGAGUCCAAACAACAAACGAGGAAGUCCAAGUGGGAGUAACUCCAGCCCAAAUGAGAAUAAAAGUAGUCUGGCUACCAGUAGAGUAAGCCCAGGGAAAGGUAAAGGCAGUCCUGGUGUUGGGAAAUCCAGCCCGGGAACAGGUAAGGACGGCCAGGCUAGCAAUGGAAAGCUGAGCCCAGUUGGGAAUAGAAGAAGCUCAAAGGAUAAAACUCCCUCUCCAAAGAAAUGAAAUCCCAAUUUGGUCCUCAUCAUGUUCAUAUCAGUUCAUUGGUUUCAAUUGAUGUUUUUUUUCCCAAUGUCAAGAACCCAGUGUUCACGAGCCUGGAAACAACAAAUGUUGCAGGUGUGGAAUUACACCCAGACCACAGCUUCAGUUUGCCCCUGGUCUUUGCCUUGGUGCCCCUUCAAAAGGUUGGGUAUGAGUCUUACCCAGGGUGCCUGUUGAAUUUGUUUUCCCUGCUCGACUCGGAGACCCUCUUGAUAACUCUUGGUUCAUAGAUUCCAAUGAAGUUUUGGGAACACUAUCCGCAGUGGCAGAGAAGUAGAUCAAAGAGCAUUGCUUAUUUUUUUUUUUUUACCAGGCAGACUUUGAAAAAAGUCUGAAUUCAGAUAAAAGUCUAAAAUGUCUCAUCCCUAAACAUGCUAAAUGACUGAAGCUAUAGACGGGGUUCAUCAGUUUCAAAUUAAUUUAUUCAAAUAAUUUAUUUAUAAAAUUGUUUUAGUUCAUUGAGUUGACAAAAGAAGGUGUAGUCUUACUAUACCAAUGUACAGAUCCACAUCAAUCACGAUGAAAAGUUUCUAAAGACUAAAGUGUGGAUUGAGCAGUUUUUGGUACUUUUCAAUUAUGCAGCAUUUUUAGGCUACUCCAUGUUUACAAAUAGAAAUGAAAACUUUACAUACAUCUAUCAAUCAAUCAGAAGACAUUUAUAUAGCGCCAAAAUCAACAAAUUUUUUUCAAAAAGGUUGCUCAAGACAGUUACAUGUCUCUCCAUUACAACACUUAACACAGUAAUCAUAGAGCACAACAUUGGUUACAAACCGAAUUAGGAUGGAAUUUGCAACGCUCACAACUGGUUCCCUGCUUAAAAAUGCUAAGCAAAUGUAAAAAUUCGCUAAGCAUUAUUUUGUAUCUUAUAGAAAUGUCCACACAAGCUUUGGUCAGUAGAGGUCUGUAGAAAAUAACUUGUUUAAUUCUGAAAAGAAAUCGCCACGCUUUGUCAUCAUCUUUGUGCCAAAUAUGCUUGCCAAAUGAUGCGGGUUUUUGUUCACAUUUUCAUACAGCCUUUCAAAAUUAAACUUAACCAUUUAGAAACCAUUUAUUUCUGUAUACUCAUCACCAUUAUGCCCAUGUCAUUGUGGCUGAAAAACAAUAGAAAUCAGAAUUUGUUUUCUUCUCAAAACAUAGAUAAUAUGUUAACAUGGGAAAAUUUCAAGAUGUCAGUUCAGGUCAUGACCUUUACUUUGACCUUAUUGGUUGAUGGGAAGUAGGUCAUAUCUUGCAGCAGUUUGCGGAUGCUACGGUUUCUAAAGGGUUUUAAAACAUACAAUCAUUUGUUAAGCUUGAUAAGUUAAAGCCAUGUGUUUGUAUUGUGUAUGUAUUUAUGUGUUGAUGUUACUUAGUUCAUGUGAAAUUGUAUGUAAAAGAAACAAAUAAAGAAAGAGCUUUUCGUACAAGGUGCUCUCAGCAAUAUCGAGAAUAA